AGCUCUUCCUGAACAGGUGAAUUUGUGUACCUGACCCCUUUUAAUUGGUUUAAGGCCUGGGGGUGGGCCUUGGCAAGGCAGUUCCAGGAUGCCAGGAUCCUGUACGGAAGAAGAAGAAGGCGGAAGAAAUACUACCUUGCUUGAGGCAGGCUGGCUGCAAGUCUGCAGGUCGGUUACAGGCAGCGGGGCACACAGAGAGAUAUUUGAAGCAGGCAGGAGCAAGGCCAUGGAAUCCAACAACCCUACUCUCCCAGAUGUCCUCCUCUUCGAAGGGCAGGAAGGGUUGGUGCCCAGCGGCGCCUUCUCUGCAGCAAUGUCCAAACCCAGCUUCUCACUUCAAGACCACGCCUAUGGGCGAGUUUCAGAAAAAGUUUACGAGGCCUGGGCAGCCGGUGGAAUGCUGGGUCGUCCGAGUAGCAGCGACACAGAAGAUCUUUUGCAAUUCCUGAUUAACCCAAACGACAUCUACGAAUCGAGGAGCCCUGUCGCCUCGCCAGAGAGUGACAGCGGGAUCUCAGACGAUCCCCACGCGGACCCCCCUGUGCAGAGUGAGCUCGGCCCCCCGGACUUAUCGGCCACCGUCAUCUAUGAGGUUAUUUGUGACAUGGGUAUGGUGGAGGAGGCGACCGGGCCUGAUCCUGUCUUCUCCAACCCCUUAGAAAACUGGACACCUCCAGCAACACUCCCUGAGGCCUGUGUUAUGAGCGAAGUGUCACUCGAGCUCUUGGAGAAUGUUACCAGAUCCAACGUGGAAGACAUUCCUAUGCCCCAGGAUCCUUUCGAGUCACUGCGGCUCCAGGGCCUCUACUUGACAGAGGAGGAGAAGCGGCUCCUGAGCGAGGAAGGGGUCUUGUUGUGCUCUGACCUCCCCCUCACCAAGGCGGAGGAACGGAUCCUGAAAAAAGUGCGGAGGAAAAUCCGGAACAAGCAGUCGGCGCAGGACAGCCGACGACGCAAGAAAGAAUAUAUUGAUGGGCUGGAGAGCCGGGUGGCAGCUUGUUCCGUGCAGAACCAGGAACUGCGGAAGAAAGUACAGGAACUAGAGACCCACAACAUGUCCCUGCUGGGUCAGCUUCAGAAGCUACAAGGACUCAUUAAACAGACGUCCACAAAGGCAGCCCAGACCAGCACUUGCCUCGUGAUCCUCAUCUUCUCCCUUGGGCUUCUCAUCCUGCCCAACUGCAGCUCCUUCCUUGGGGGGACCCAGGUUAGCCGGGCUGACUACAAGCCGUCUGGAGUGAUUUCCCGACACAUCUUGACCAAGGGCAGCUUUUCUGAUCCGGACGAGUCUCCCACCACCCGCAGCCCAGAAUCGCCCCGGGUUCAAAUGGAAGAGGACCCCGGCGCCAGCGACUGGGACCCAGCAGCCGCCGGUAACCCUGACACCAUCAGGGAGACCAUGAUUGCCAACACGUCUGAUCCAGGGUCACCGAGCGAGGUCAAGGAAGCUAAUGCCAGGAAGCCCAAGCCAGAGAAAGACCCUACAAAGCAAAUGCACGCAGACGAGAUGUAGCAAAGACUGGGGAUUGGCUCCACCAGGCAGAAGUCACAGCAGGGCAUCCAAGAAUCCAUCUUGGCGCUGUUUUCUGGGACACACUAUCCCGUUUCAUGAUCCAGACGGGAUCCCCUCCAGGAUGGCACAAGCAGCCUAAGAUCUCUAGCAGGGGAACAGAUUUUGAGGAAGCUCCCUGGCUGUUCUAGGGAGGGCUAGAAUUAGGGACUUUUCAUGCCAGUUUUGGCUGAGCCCCCGGGAUGUACGGGGAAGCAAUCCAGGAGAGCCACAGAGCAUGCGCAGAGUGGAUUCCCACUCCCCUCUUCUUGCCAAGUUAAAUGCAACAAGCACAGGAUCAGAGAAGUUGCCGCGUGGAGUUUAGGAGCAUCUGUGAGCCCCGCAGGGUGUCUAUCCUCUCUCUCUUUCUUAAAACAUUGGAGAUUUGGAGCGUGGCGUUUUAGGAAGGACAGGGCUGGAAGAAGAGGGCGCUGCGUUCUGCUGUUGGUUCUCCCAUGUUCUUGUGCCUUUAAACUGGGGAUAGGGCGCUGUUUUCGGCCAAAGGGAGACACAGUGCCCUGUGAGUAAUCCUUUGGGGGCUGCAUGCCAAUGAUACGUGCAACCGGAGGCAAGAAUCAAGAAUCGGUGCAGUGCAGCAAUGAUGCAUGCAAAUCACCCCCAAUCCAGGCAAACCAGAGGGCUUCUGUUAUGUACUGAGCUGAAUCAUAGAACAAUAGGAUCCAGAAUCAGCAGUCUGAUUGGUCCGCAGGAGCCACCCAAUCCAACUCCAGGUGGAAGUGAAUCCGCAACCUGAUUGGCCUGCAGGAGCAGCCAAUCAGGCUGCUGGCAGAAGUCAAUCCACAAACUGAUUGGCCCACAGGUGUAGCCCUGAAGUAGCCAAUCACUCAAAGCCCAUUGUGUAAAUAAUGUAUAUAAGCAGAUGGUUUUGGGAAAAGGGCAUUCUUCUCUUCUUCUCCUUGAUGACUACGGGCUGAAUAAAGAGCAUGAAAUUCACUUUUGACUCUGAGUAUAUUUCAGCUUCAUUGCUGCUUGAUGGUUUCCUAUAGGCCAUAUCUGUCAAGUUCUCCCCCUUUUUAAGGGAAAUUCCCUUAUGCUGAAUAGGCUUCCUCGCGAGAAAAGGGAAAACUUGACAGCUAUGCUAGAGGCAUCUGGUUGGCCACUGUGAGAACAGGAUGCUGGACUAGUUGGCAAGAUCUAGUAGGCCUCUUCUGAUGUUCUUAUGUUAUGUUCUUAAGCAGGGGGCAGCAAACUUUUUCACUGUCCCUCUGACCUUGUGGGUGGCUAGACUAUU